CCUAAUGUACUUUUGAUUAUUGCACAUUCUCCUGUUUUAGGUGAGUGGGUCGAUUGCCUAUCGGUACAAUAAUUGAAUUAUGACUGAUAUUAUUUCAGUCGACUUAUUUCACAGUGUAUACAGAUCGGAAGACGCGAUCAAGGUCGUGGCGUACCAAGCGUUUGACGUUAUACUUGGUUUCCGUUUUGGAUCCGUCACUAGUUUCGACCGGAACGGCACACCGUCGAGGAGGAUGACGACGACGACCGCGACGACGAUAAUGUGUGAACACGUUGUUGUAUUGUUAAUAUUUAUGACUCGCGUUCGCAACGGUCCGCGUGCAAAUCGGACGAGGGUCGCAAUGAAAAAAAAAAAUGUAAGAGAACGCUUCGCGAGGGUUGAUGUGCGUGUGUAGAAUAUGCUCCGAGUGCACUACUGCACGCUCGGAAAGGAUUAGCCGUUUAACAGAACAAACAAUGGUGUGUGUAUCGUGCACGCACGACGCGGUCAUAUGGUUAUACUGCUAACCGAGCUCUGUUUGAACGGGACAACCUCAUGUCUGAUCACAGCUUGAACGAACCCCAGGGACCGAUCGCUUAUUUGAAACCAGACCAGAGACUAAUACUCAUCCCCUCCAGUCACGAUGCAUACACAUAUAUGUGUAUACAGUUACACGCUUGUUCGUACCACAAAGAUAUAAAUCACACGGAAAGCGUGAUUGAUUUUUGAUUUCAAGUUUUUAGUAUCAAUAAAGCACAUACCUACACUCAUAAGUUAUACGGAUUAAUGUAAAACAUUUUGCUGUCGUUUACCAUAUACAUAUGCAUGUAUAAAAUAAUAUAAUCGUGUAAUGAAGGACCUAAGCAUAAUUUGGCAUUGUAAAUAAAAUAAUUUAAUGCAUAGUCGUAUAAUAUUUAUAUUACACACAAAUAAGAAAAUCAUAAACAUAAUGCAAAAAGGUCGAAAUUCUAAUCAAUCGAAGUAGAACAAUGACCCGUUUGAUUCAGAUGGAAAUCAUCUAUCAGCUACCUUUAUCAAAUAGUGAAAUUAUAAGGAAUUACGUUUAUAUGAUGGCCAACAUGUAAAAAAUGUUUUCAGUAUAAAAGCCAAACAUUGGUCAAACGUUCGACAUGAAUCACACAUUGUUUCUUUGAUUCAGAGUUCUUCAAAAAUGAACACGAAAAUAUUAGCAAUACUAACUGUGACUUUUUUUUUUACCGAGGCUAAAGCAAAUUUUUAUAGUGGUUUUAAGAACCCGUCAUCAUGCUGUGGCUCCGAACCGCCUUAUGGACAACUUCCACUAUCCUACAAUACAGCUUCUUGUGCUCAAUAUCCUUCAUUUCCGCCUACAGCAUUAUUUCCAUCCCCUUCGUUGCUGAAACCCUGUGCUCCAACUUCACCGGGUUCAUGUCAGAUUCCGGACGCUCCGCGACCGACAUCUUUCCAAAACCUAGCUUAUUUUCCUUCGUCCCAGUCUCCUUACCCUGUGCCAUGUGCUCCGCCACCACUCUCUUACCCAGCUCCAUGUUCUCCAUUGUCGAUUUCCUAUUUGUCACCUUUUACACCUCAAUUUUCAUAUUUUUCCUCAUCUUCCGACACAGCCUCUUUUAACCCUUCUCUGUUGGCCAGCUUUAAAAACACAAAAUCUUCAAAGCCUUCAAAGCCUUCUUCUCAUGCUAUAGCGUCCUCGUACAAUACACCUCCAACACGCUUAAAUUCUUGUAAGCUCCGGCCAUACCGCUCUCCAAAAUUCAUACCUGUCCAAUUAAAAUCAUUACCGAAUUUAAAAGCACCAUCGUGUGGCGCUGUUUCUUCUUCCAGUCCUUGUCAACCAGGAUUCGGCUUGAACCCAUCCGUUUUUGCCAAACCAAUAUGCAACUAUAACUAAUUACGAUCUUUCACUACACUUGUACGGAUGUAAAUAAUAUUUUCUUCGCAAAAAACAUAGAUCUCACCGUUUUAAGACUUCAAUCUGUAAAAUAAAAUUAGUUUUAUAAAAUUGAUAUUGUUUUUUUAGUUAUUUUAUUGUAAACAAUAGUACUGUAAAUUUUAGAAUACAC